AUGGGCUGUUUGAGUGUGGAUCGCGAGUCGCUGCUGGGCCCUGGAGAGGGUCUGAUGCGGCUGGUCGGGAUGUGGCAGCCACAGGAGGCUGCCUGCCGCCUGGUGCCCGCCGCUCGCGGCUGUCUCACGCUCGUCUCCAUCGCUUUCCUCGCGGUGGCCGUCGUCGCCGGUUUGAUUGACUGGUUGUCAUCACCGCUGGUGUCCAGAGCUCUUCUGGGGGACGACGAAAGCAGCCGGCAGCUGCCGCUGCCACUCUGGCUACCUGGUGAUCUCUACGCGUCACCCACUUACGAGAUUCUGUACGCAGCUCAGUGCGUUGCCCUGACUAUCGCGAGCGUGUGUUCAUUCUGCACGGACAUUUUUCUUAUCCACUUGAUGCAGGUGAUUGGGACUGAGUUUGAAGUUUUGAGCGACAAUUUUUCUGCUGUGCAGAAGAACUACGAGCAGCCUGCUAGAGCAAGAGAUCGAGGAGAACUUAGCGAAUAUCAGACAACCAAGGAAACACUGGUUUUAUCUUGUGCUAAGAUUUAUGCAGACUGUGUCUCCGGUGAACAGAUGCAUCGACAAUUGGCGAAGAACAUUCAGCAUCAUCAAAUACUUCUCAGGUCCAUCUCUCUCCUGCAGACGACAAUGAGCGUGCCAAUAUUUUUCGUCCUUGUUAUCAACAUCGUUAACCUGUGCGGAAAUCUAUUUAUUUCCAUCGUGCUGUUACAGAGAGACGGAAACCUUUCAAAAGCUUCGAAAGCGCUUCUGACGAUACCUCCUCUCCUGUGCGAGACUGGAAUGUUUUGCAUAUUUGGCCAUGCCUUAACCGAUCAGAGCGAGAAGCUGAUGCAGUCGGCUUUCAGCUGUGGCUGGACAGAGAGCGACGUCCGCUUUAGACGCAGCCUGCUGCUCUUCAUGACGGCGUCGGUUCGACCAGUCGAGAUCACAGUAGGCAAGACGACCAAGCUGUCUAAGGUGACGCUGGUCCAGGUCGGUAUUCAUCCAUUCCCGUACUAG